CUGAGAUUAUAACCUCAAAAACAUUAUUUGAAAGAAAAAACGUACACAACGUAAAAAUUUUUAUUUAUUUUCAUUAUUUUAGUGAAAUUUAGAGAAAAUGCUGCACCUUUUUACGGGUAAGAGUGAAAAUAAUACAAUGGAGUGCGAUAAAAAGGAAAAGAUAGAGGUGGAAAUGCAAUUAUACGAAGGAAGAGUUUUGAAGAGCCCAGAUAUUCUCCAGGAACUGAAGGAUCGUGUAAUUAAAUUCCUUGUAAACUGUAGAGAAGCAUGGAAAGCCAAUAGGAUAAUUUACGGAAAGGAUCUCGAUGAUAAAGUGGUUGAAUCACAUGUCCAGAGCAUUGUUGUUGGCAAUCAGAUUCCACCGGAUGCAUCUCCGGAGGAUUUAGAAUUUUUCUGCUAUGUCGCAAAGUCUCACGGUCCGGAAGCUGAGCCAUUGAGCGGCGGUGAGAAUGAUUCCAAUGAUGUGACUGCAUCAAAUCACUGGAUUCUUCCUUGUACGGAUUUUGUAGGACUCUGGGAGAAUCUUAUUUACGAGGAUGGCAUCAAGGAGCACAUACUCAACUACGUGGAAACUUCAAUGACCUUUGCAGAAAAACAAAUUAAUUCAAAUAUAAUUUGCUGCAAUCGCAUUGUACUGCUCCAUGGACCUCCGGGAAUGGGAAAGACAAGCCUGUGUAGGGCUGUAGCACAGAAAAUUUCAAUUAGAUUCCAGGAUAAAUACCAAUACAUUCACUUGGUUGAGAUUAAUAGUCACAGUCUCUUCUCCAAAUGGUUCUCCGAGAGUGGGAAGCUCGUGCAGCAACUCUUCACGCAGCUGCGUGAGAUUGUUGAGAAUCCCUCGUCGAUGGUAUGCAUCCUGAUUGAUGAGAUUGAAUCUGUGGCUUUUGCUCGGACAUCCCUUUCAAACAAUGAGCCAAGUGAUUCCGUUCGUGCUGUGAAUGCUGUCCUCACACAACUCGAUCAAAUUCGGAAAUAUAAUAAUGUUGUUAUCCUCGCCACUUCCAAUCUCACUGGAAACAUUGAUGUGGCUUUCUUGGAUCGUGCUGACAUUAAGCAAUUCAUUGGAUCACCCACAGAACGUGCCAUUGCCCUCAUCUAUCAAACAAUCCUCCAUGAAUUGGUACGUGUUGGUCUUGUAGUUCCGGAUGAAGCUUCCGGAUAUUUGAUGAAUGAAUUGAAUGAGUAUCAUUUACACAAAGACUUCAUGAAGCUAUGCAGGCUUAGUCAGGGAAUUAGUGGGCGUACCCUGAGAAAGAUCCCAAUGCUGGCACAUGCCUAUUUUAUUGAUCAUCGCGGUAAGAACCAUCGCAGGGGGAUCUCAUUGACUGAGUUUAUCGCUGCAAUGUGCUGUGCGAUAGUGAAGCAUACAGAGGAUACGGAAAUGGUGAAUAAACCAGGAAAUCUCGGAAACUGAUCUACGUUCUUCUCAUCGCCUCUAGCUUGUUGAAAAUGCAUUUAAAUAAGUAACAUUGAUUUCCACUAUUUUUUGACUGAGAAAUAAAAUGUGCCAGAAUAUAAAGAAA